CCCUUCAGUUGACGCACUUGCGGCCGUGGCGUCCACAUGGCCGGCUGCAUCGGUCGGAAGAAGUAAUUCACAGCAAACAGACGUUGUGAACAUGGAUGAAACCGAAGGAGAGGAGACCGGACUGGAAGGCGAAGACACCACAAAACCACAGUCGUGUGCCGGCUGCUCGCGUCCAAUACGCGGCCGAUACGUCUACAAAGUCCUGGAGAAAACCUGGCAUGCCGGUUGCGUCUGCUGCCAUGACUGUCGACUCCCACUCAGUGAGAAAUGCUAUUGUCGUGACGAGCUGCUGUUUUGUAAAGACCACUUCUACAGGAGAUAUGGAAUAAAGUGUACCGCGUGUGGAGAAGGAAUACCGCCUACUACACUAGUCAGGAGAGCCAUCGAUAAUGUCUAUCAUAUGCACUGUUUCAAGUGUAAUACAUGUGAAAGACAACUUGAGACUGGAGACGAAUUCUUCUUGAUGGAGGAUGGUAAAGUUGUCUGCAAGGAAGACCAAGAAAAGGCUAAAGAUCCUGAUGAUGCCGAAUUUACUGUAAAACGUCCUAGAACAAGCAUAUCUACCGAACAAAAAGAUGCGUUGAAAGUCGUCUAUGCUAAGAAUACUAGACCAACUCGAACAGUCAGAGAAGACCUUGCUAGAGCAACAGGACUCCCUGCAAGAGUUGUACAAGUCUGGUUUCAAAAUAAGAGAGCAAAGGAAAGACGAUGUCAGAAAGAAACAUUUGAAUUGACUAAGGCUAGACAAGGAAGCUCAAAGUUAAAGAGAGAAGGGAAAAGCAAGACAAAAUCGCGAACAGUAUCCAAACGACCAAGAACCACUGAGACACAAUCUUCAGUAUCAGAGACAGAACAACACCAAGGCGGCAGUCUAAUAGACUCUGAAGACGUUGAAGUCUCUACAAAACAAUGUCAAGAACUUUUAUCAACAUUGCCAGAGCUGGUCGAACAGGUUUUACCUGAAAUAGCUCUUGACAUUCAACCUGAGUACAGUGUGUACUCCCAAGAAGUAGCUGUUUCUCCUCGGCUCAAUUGGUACACAGAGUCUUCCACCAAAUCACACGGUGAGGAAGGAAAGCAAGGAAACAUGUCCGAGACUACUAGCCUGACGUCCGUGGGAGGUGUCACCGAUUCCAGAUUGUGCUCAAGACUUUCUCAACCAGUUGGCUCUGACACUUCUGUGACUAGAUCGGAUUGUCUAGUCGGGCAAGCUACGUCGCAAGCAGCACCCUUGCUCUCUUUUCGGACGUUAGAACGACGUCCGGCUCAUACUUCUCUGCCGGCUACUUGUGCUGUGUCGAGUUCAACCGCAGCAGGUGUGUAUUUCAUAGCAGCAGCGCCCAUUUCUACUACCUCCAGUCAGUAUCAUUGAAGACCAGACCGUCUAGAAGACCGUACGGACAACUAAUCUAUUAACUCGUAC